GACUUCGUUAGUAAACGAUGCCAUCGAAAAAUGAUUGUUCAUGACAGCGUCGCUUGAAUUAAAUGUAAAACUGUUUUUUCCAGUGUUUCUUCAUCAUUAAUUGAAUUCUUCUAUUAAUUGAGAACCGGGUUAUUUGUCGUGUUUCGUAUCGGAAAUCCAGUGAAAAAGAAGUGUGAAGUGACAGAGAGUUCAUUGAUCGUUGUUGGCUUCUCGACUCGACGCCAUUUUGCCAUGGCCUUUAUAAUGACGCAAGUGCGCAUUUGUAAAUAAUAUCAACAGUUUGUGAAGAAAACAAAAAAGUACUUUUUAAUUAAUAUUCCUGUGCAUUUUUGUGUUUCAAGCGUGACGUUUGUUACAUAAAAUUUACUGGCUGUUAUUUUUGAUUUGACAAUUUGUUGAUUUGACUCGCGUAGUCGAGUUUCAUGGAUGGCAAUAUGGCUGUCAGUUUCACGCGAUCAGUGAAUCUUGCAUCACGCUGACAGAAGCAUCGCAUUCUUUUCGCACAUGGUUUCAAGUUUCGAGAAGAGAUCUAUCCCCCGCGGAGAGUCUGUUUCUGCAAAAUGUUGCUAGUAUCGCGAGACUUGGUUGGCGGCACGGCGAAUUACCAGAGAACGCAGGGCUGACAUUCGAGCAACUACCAUUUGGUAGGCUUGAGUAGUGUUAUGUCUCCUCAGCAUCGAUCUCCCUGGUCACAGCCCAAUCGUCUUGGCAAGCAAUUAGAGAGCUGCAAUGCUCAAUUCAAAGUAUACCCUUGCCAACUCAAUUGUUGAUGAAGCCUCGUAGCAUCAAUCAUCGAAGUAAAGCAGUUACCUGCUACAAAGCAUUUAUGUACCAUACAUGUCGGAAAGAAAAGAAACCAAGAUGCAGCAGGUGGACACGAUCUCGCAAAAUAACUCUUUAGAUGUGGAGGAGCGAGAAAGGCUGUGUAAUAUACCGAAGACGAGUGCACCUGGUAAAACGUCGGCAACACCGUCUGCUCCACCUCGGGAACCACCUCCACGAGAAGAGCCGCCUGUGGAGCCAGUGAACGGAAUUGUUCAACCGCCCGUUGUAGCGCCUCCAAAUCGACCGGGUCGCAAUACCAAUCAGAUACAUUAUCUUUCGAAAGGUGUUUUCAAAGCAGUAUGGAAGCAUCAAUUUGCUUGGCCGUUUCAGCAGCCAGUCGAUGCGAAAAAGCUCAAUUUACCAGACUAUCACAAAAUUAUCAAACAACCGAUGGAUUUGGGUACAAUCAAAAAACGUUUAGAGAAUUUCUAUUAUUGGAGCGCCAAAGAAUGCAUUCAAGAUUUCAAUACAAUGUUCACCAAUUGCUACGUUUACAACAAACCAGGCGAGGAUGUUGUUGUUAUGGCGCAAGCCCUCGAAAAGUUGUUCCUAACGAAGGUGUCGCAUAUGCCAAAAGAUGAGGUGGAACUUGAUCCGCCCGCUCCAAAGGGGCCAAAAGGCAAGAAACCUGGUAGAGUUGGCGCGUCACAGACUGGCGCUGUACCAUCAGCAACUGGUGGUCCAGGUCGCGGGCGACCGUCGUCUGGUGCAUCAACCGUCACAUCCAGUGUUCCAAAUAAUAUGGCACCAACGUCAACAACCGCUGGUACAACAGGUGUUAUGCCAAUGCCACCACUUGGCACGCAAGCACCAGUUUCCGUACCAGGAAGCACUAAUACAACAACAAUUGCACCACCAUCGAAUUUAGGUGUUACAUCAAUGGCAACACAUAAUUCAUUACCACAACAAGUUAUUCCACCAACAAGUGGUUAUCAUGCACAACCAGCAAUAGAUACACAAACGGCAACAGCGACGGCGACGGCAACCACAGCAUCUGCUGUACCACCAUCGACGCAAAUACCCACCGCAGCACCACCUGUGAUGCCACCAUCGCAGCCUGCCAAAGUUAAGAAAGGCGUGAAAAGAAAAGCUGAUACCACAACACCCACUGCUAAUUCAUUUGAUCCCAUUUAUAAUCCCCUUGAACCCAAGAAUGCCAAAAUACCAGCAAGACGAGAAUCAGGCAGACAAAUCAAGAAGCCAACGAGGCAAGCUGACGAUGGUCUGGUGCCGUACCAUCAGGCUAGUAUGCCAAUGAUGUCUGCUAUGGUACAACAGCCUCAACAUCCUGGCGGUAAGACAAAGGAGAAACUCUCGGAAGCUUUGAAAUCUUGUAACGAUAUUCUCAAGGAACUUUUCUCCAAGAAACAUUCGGGUUAUGCGUGGCCUUUUUAUAAGCCCGUCGACGCUGAUCUUUUGGGUCUUCAUGAUUAUCAUGAGAUCAUUAGGAAACCAAUGGAUCUUGGAACUGUGAAGACGAAAAUGGAUAGUCGAGAAUAUAAAACAGCUCAAGAAUUUGCGAGCGAUGUACGACUCAUAUUUACCAAUUGCUAUAAAUAUAAUCCACCUGAUCAUGAUGUCGUUGCAAUGGCAAGAAAAUUACAAGACGUUUUUGAAAUGAGGUAUGCAAAAAUACCUGAUGAACCAUCGGGCGCUGUUGUUGGAAUAAAAGGCAGCAGUACAAGCGGCAGUAGUUCGGCGUCGGAAAGUGAUAGCGAGAGUGAAGACUCCGAGGAGGAAUUCCAACGCUCACAGAAGCUUGUUGCCUUACAGCAGAAGUUGAAAGCCGUGCAGGAACAAGUAAGAAUGCUAGCUGAGGAAUCGACAAAAAAGAAGAAGGGCAAAAAGAAGAAAUCUGAUAAGCCAAAAUCAAAGCCAAUGAGUAAUAAAACGCCAAAUCUCAUUGGCAGUCACAGUGGUGCCAUGAAAGAAUUAAUGAAACCAAGCGCUGGACAUUCAAAUGUUGCUGGUGAUAAUGUCACAGCUGGUAUUGGUAAUGCAGCAAUGGGUGGCGAUAUUAAAAUGACAGCAAGUGGUGAUCUUCAUCAUCAAACAAUGGCUGCCGUUGGUCCUAAUAAGGCACAUGCACCGUCAAAUCUUGGACAUCAUAUGCCACCGGCAAAUGCAAAAACGAAAGGCAAAGGACGUGGACCAGGUAAAGCUGCAGCAGCAAAUGCAGCAACAAAAAGGCCGAAAGCCAAUAGUCGAUCGGCUGGUAAUAAAAAGAAAAAUGUUGGUAAUCUUCUGCCACCAAUUCCAUUUGAUUCGGAAGAUGAGGAUAAUGCCAAACCCAUGUCAUAUGAUGAGAAACGUCAACUCAGUCUCGAUAUUAAUAAAUUGCCUGGUGAUAAACUGGGACGUGUAGUGCACAUAAUUCAAUCUCGUGAGCCGUCGUUAAGGGAUUCGAAUCCUGAUGAAAUUGAAAUUGAUUUUGAAACCCUGAAACCAUCUACAUUGCGGGAAUUGGAGAAUUAUGUUGCCUCGUGUCUUAGAAAAAAACCACAUAAGAAACUCAGUGGAAAAUCUAAGGAAGACCAAAUGGCAGAGAAGAAACAAGAACUCGAAAAAAGAUUGCAAGAUGUUACGGGCCAACUGGGAAAUGUCAAGAAGGCUCCCAAAAAAGAAGACAGUAGUAAGUCAGUAGACGUAGUGGGAACUGCUGGAACUAGUGGACCUCAGAGAUUGUCAGCAUCCAGUAGUAGUAGCAGUGACAGUGAUUCCAGUAGCAGUUCUUUAUCUUCGAGUUCCAGUGAUUCUAGCGACAGCGAAGCAGGCAAUUCAUCGAAUCGACCGCCACGAAAGAAAACCAAAAAGGCUACAAUACCACCUGGACCACCAAUGACAGCCGCAUCAACUGUGGUACCACCGGCGACUAAUUUAAAUCAUACCGGUGGUCUUCUAAUGAAUAAUCAACCAGCAACUAAUUCCACGGGACCAGCGGCAAAAUCAACAAUCACACAGGCAAAUAAUAUUCCAGCUGAACAAGGUGCAGCUCCUCCUCCGCAACAAUCAAUUGCAGUUCCACCGGUGACAGUUGGACAGACAAUGCCAAUAGCGAGUCAUAGUUCAAUGCCAGCUCAACCUGCCCGUCCAGUUGCUUUGGCCACUGCUGCUCCAAUUAAAAAACCAACACCGCCACCACCAGCACCUCCUCCACCACAACCACCACCACCACAACAACAACAACAACAACAACCGGCACCUCCGGCUGUUAAUACAAAUACAACUUGUUCGUUAUCGGUUCCAACACCACCGCCAAGUGUUACAUCAACGAAUAUAAAUAAUUCAACCACAAGUACAGUGGUGGCACCUUCUUCAUUAAUCAUAUCGCCUGUUCUUCAGCCUCAAACAACAGUUGUUAAUACCUUCCCAAAUCCAACAACUCCCACAAUAACCGCGGAUUCAAUUGCCCUCAAUCAAACUCAGGAUCUUCUGCAGCCAUACAAUACUCUAGUAACGGUGCCUACAACGCAAACAAGUUUGGAUCAAGCUCUCUUGGCACUGAAGAAGGAACCCCAUAUACCAAUGAUACAAACAUCACAUGGCUCGACAAAUAAUUUAUUAAAUUUUCUACCACCCGAUAUUAAACAACCAGCAAUGAAUAUGUUAACGACAAGUAUGCCACCAAAUAUGGGUAUGGGUAAUAUGAGUAUGAGUGGUUUGAGUUUAAAUUUACAACAGGGACUCGCUGCACAAAUGUCAAUGCAAAAUCAACUUGACAAUCUUCUUAAUCAAAGUAGUGGUGCAGCAGCAGCAGCGGCGGCAGCGGCAGCAUUACAAAAUUCACAUUCAAUGUCAAUCACACAACAUAGUUCCAAUGGAUUUUCAAAUAUGAAACGUGAAAAUUCACCAUCAAAUAUGUUAAAUAAUAAUGGCAUUACUGGUUUUGCUGGUAUGAAUAUGUCCGGUAUGGUGGCAUCAAUUUUUGAUCCUAUCACACCGCUUAAUACAAGUUUGCCAAUGCAAAUAUCACAGUUGCCAGUGAGAAAAGAAGAGAGGUCAUCGUUGCCGAUGAAUCAACCGCAAAUGCAUCCGAAAAUAGACGUGGGAGGUUUUUUUUCAGACAUGGCAGCAUUGGGAUUACCGCCAAUGAGUAAUCAUUCGAGUUCUCAAAAAAUGUCCACGGAAAAAAGAAUGAGUCCUCCUGAUUCGAAAAAUUCUGCCUCUAAUUUUGCAUCGGCAUUUAAAUCUAAGACUGUGGAGCAGAAGCUUCAAACCGCGUGGUCAUCAUUAGCACAAUCAUCAAGUCCACAAUCAACUGCUGGUCGAGGCAUUAUGAAUGCAGCAACAGCAGCUGAUACUUUCAAUCAAUUCAAAAAACAAGCAAAAGAAAAGAACGACAGGGCAAGAGCAUUAAUUGAACAACAGGAGAGAAGACAGCAGAAGGAACAGGCAGAACGUGAGAGAAUUCGUAAGGAAAAUGAAAAGAGAAAAGAAAGAGAGGAGGAGGACGCUAUGGAGAAGGGAAGAAAAUCGGUAGAUCAUCAAAGUGCGGUACUUACACCACCAUCGAGAGCUGAGGAUAUUAGAACAUCGACAGAUGACAGUAAUAGUCCAAGUCAUUCUUCUGGUCAGGAUCGUUCAGCGGCCGAGAGAGAACGACAGAGGCUACGCGAACAAGAACGUCGACGUCGAGAAGCGAUGGCGGGCCAAAUCGACAUGAACAUGCAAAGUGAUUUGAUGACUGCGUUCGAGAAUUCAUUAUAAUGUUAUUAUAAAAUGCUGCUGCUCACAAUAUUGUUGGAGCCUCGGAAGCCAGGCAGGAUUUGGCGAGAGACGUUUCACAUAAAAAUUCAAAGUUGGACGAUACCACAGAAUCGUGUUUAAUAUAUACUGUUAAUAAUUAAUGACUAGUGAUGUUAAAAUAAUAAUAAUAAUUAAAAAACUGAUUCGAUACAAAAUUUGAUCAGUGCUCUAGCGCGAUGAUGGUGGUGCAAAAAAAAAGGAAAAUAAAUUCCCCAAAAAAAAAAGAAUGGUGAAGUGUUAUUCGACUCGAGAAUAACAAAAAAGACACUUAAUUAGAAAAAAAAUUGUCUCACAAUGACGCGAGGAAUCUGCGUGUAAACAAUUUUUUUUUUUUUUUUGGACACAAUUGUGACCAUAGUAGAUUAAAAAAAAACGAAACAAUACCUACAGAUACUUCGAGAUAUUGCUACAAAUUAUGUUAAAAAUAAUUUUCCGAUUUUCAUAAGUAUGUACUUUAUGUAAAUUUGGAAAUGAAAUAAGACGAACGCACCUACUGAAAAAAGUGAUGCGUUUGCGUGCGAGAAAGAGAUAUAUGAAUAAUUGUGAUUUUCGUGUGUCGUGAAAAAGGGUUGUAAGAGCUGUGUACAUUUAGUUAAGUUUUAUAUUUUUCCACUUUCAGUCAUUGAUUGUUGGUAGGGAUUUACAUUGUUUUUUUUUUUUUUUUUUUCUUUUUUUUGCCAAUAAUUAUCUAUUAUUAAUAAUAA